CACACACACACAAAAAAAAAAAAAAACGACAGAGAAGGCCAAACAAAGCACAUCUGUGGACCGGAUGCCUCCAUGCCCACCGGUUUGCGACCUUUGUGUUGGGCUCUUCUGUUCACCAGACACCCUGCCCUGCGAGAAUGUUUCUCAUCCUCUGCUGGAGCGGGUUUGCAGGCACAGGGAGGAGAGGGAGAGAAGAAAUGCAGGGACACUUAUGCAGAACCGUGAGUGGCCAGAGAGGAGAAGGAGGGUGAGUGGAGCAAAGAAGCCAUGACAACUUCAUAAUUCUGAGUGGACUGGGCAGUGGCCAGAAAUCCUGGUGGUGGAUAUGCUGCCUUUCCAACAGGUGAAUAUGAAAGAACAAGUCAAGCCCUGUUCAGGAUGCUGUUAAUUCCAGAUGUGAACUUUUUGAGUCAUUCUUUCCAUGUGGAAUUCAAAGGAGAAUGUAAAAAGAAUUUCAGGAGGAAAGUGCAAUAUCCCUGAAAGGUAACAAAGUUCAUAACAGUUAUUUACAUGCAACAUUCUCUAGUCAUUGAUUAAAUAGAUCACUACAGACUUGCAUGAGGCAACAUUCCUUAGUCUUAUUUGCCACAAUAUAUUUAAAAAUACUUGCUUACACAUCACUUUAGCUUGUUUAGAUGGACUUGUCACCAAGCUCUGAACUGGGAUUUCACUGUGUUGCAUUCAUGCUGCUCACGAGACACAGGACAGCCUUUCCUGCCUCAGGGAAGAAGAGAGAGACAGACUACAGUGAUGGAGACCCACUGGAUGUGCACAAGAGGCUGUCGUCCAGUGCUGGAGAGGACCGAGCCGUGCUGCUGGGGUUUGCCAUGAUGGGCUUCUCAGUCCUAAUGUUCUUCUUGCUUGGAACAACCAUUCUAAAGCCUUUUAUGCUCAGUGCUCAGAGAGAAGAAUCGACCUGCACUGCCAUCCACACAGAUAUCAUGGACCACUGGCUGGACUGUACCUUCACCUGUGGUGUGCACUGCCGCGGUCAGGGGAAGUACCCGUGUCUUCAGGUGUUGGUGAACCUCACCCAUUCAGGUCAGAAAGCUCUCCUACAUUAUAAUGAAGAGGCUGUCCAGAUAAAUCCCAAGUGCUUUUACACACCUAAGUGCCACCAAGAUAGAAAUGAUUUGCUCAACAGUGCUCUGGACAUAAAGGAAUUCUUCGAUCACAAAAAUGGAACCCCCUUUUCAUGCUUCUACAGUCCAGACAGCCAAUCUGAAGAUGUCAUUCUUAUAAAAAAGUAUGACCAAAUGGCUAUCUUCCACUGUUUAUUUUGGCCUUCACUGACUCUGCUAGGUGGUGCCCUGAUUGUUGGCAUGGUGAGAUUAACACAACAUCUGUCCUUACUGUGUGAAAAAUAUAGCACUGUAGUCAGAGAUGAGGUAGGUGGAAAAUUACCGUAUAUAGAACAGCAUCAGUUCAAACUGUGGAGUAUGAGGAGGAGCAAAGGAAGGAGCAGAGAAAUCUUUAGACUGUGGCCAAAUUAAAGUGCUGGCCUUCAGAUGUCUGUGAUUUCUGCAACUGAGGACCUAAUUAUGCCCGUCUGCAAACUAACAAUGUAAAAGGUAAUAAUUAAAGUUAAGUAUCAUAUUUUCAUGUGGGAAAAAAA